AUGGCAGAUCACUCUCCCUCAUCAUCUGUUGCUCAAGAUCACUGGGCCGCUACAUGGAUUCCAGCAAGUAAUGGACAACUUAGCCCGAACGCUUUCAAUUAUUAUAGACAACAUAUAGGUCGUGGAGACUAUGAAGGCGGAGUACACCCUGGCUUUAUAAUUAACCAAGGCUUACACAUUGCAUUUCGUGGCAAAGAAAUUAUUUUGAAGAAUUAUCAAGUACUUUCUGCCAAGAUCUGUGGUAGUCUGACUUCUGUAGAUCAAGCACAGGAUCAGUUCAAGUGGAAAGCAUUCCAUGGUGAAGUUAGACCACAAUUCAACAUCCCACUUAAGGCUGGUCACGAGAAAGACGGUAAAGAAUUGUACAUUGCCAGAAUUCGUCAUGGUAAUGAUGGCUAUAUUUACGGAAAAGCUGGCAGGCAUUUGAUCGAAGGUGCUGCAUAUGCCUUCCUGGGUAAAGAGUAUCGUGCUCUUGAUUAUGAAGUUCUCGUCUUCCAAGACAAUGAAUAA